AUGGUCGCUCCACCUUCGACGGGUGGUGUCGCACCACAGGCUGCGAGCGCAAAGCAGUCAUCAUCAGCGACGCCGGGGCCAGCAUCGAGGAUGGCAGGCGCCGGGCCCGCCAGCAUCGCUACUCCUCUUUUUCCCUACAGUGCUCGGCGAGCACAACCACUUGACAUGCGCACCGUCGAGCGCAAAGGCCACCCUUCAAGUCGCGAUCCGCCAACGAGAAGAAGACCUCAUGACCUACUUGAGGCGCCCACCUUCAGACCGACCGAGGCCGAAUUUCGAGACCCGAUGGAAUACAUUCGCAGUAUUUCGGACAAGGCCAGCAAGUUUGGUAUCUGCAAGAUUAUCCCGCCAGAGGGUUGGAAUCCAGACUUUGCUAUUGAUACCGAGCGCUUCCAUUUUCGGACUCGACGGCAGGAGAUCAAUCUGGUCGAAGGCGGCAACCGAACCAACCUCAACUAUCUCGACCAACUAGCAAAGUUUCACAAACAAUAUGGCGCUCAUCUGAACCGCUUCCCGUCCGUUGACAAGCGUCCGCUCGAUCUGUACAAACUUAAGAAGGCCGUCGAAGUCCGCGGCGGUUUUGAGCGGGUAUGCAAGGACAAGAAGUGGGCUGAAAUUGGUCGAGACUUAGGAUACAGCGGCAAGAUCAUGUCGUCGCUCUCGACCUCCCUCAAAAACUCCUACCAACGAUGGCUGCAUCCCUACGAGGAGUGGCUGAAAUAUGCCAAACCCGGCGUCCAGGAACAACUCCAGAGCGAGCAAGGGGGGGCUUACUCGCCCUCCGUCAUGCCUCCUCACCCCAUGCUCAACCACAUGCCCCCAUCACAAUCUGCUCCACCGGCCAUGGGAAUGAACUCACCGAAUCCUCAACCGGCCAUGACCCUUCCCCCACAGAUGCAACAAAACCCAGGCCCGCCACAACAGCCGCCGUCCAUGCCUUCGAUACCGGUCACAGCUCCCCAGCCGCGACCUGUGUCGUCUUCUGGCUUCACUGCUGUCAAUAGUGGUUUCACCGCGGUGAAUGGUCCCUCAGGGUUCACUGCUGUCAACACCCUUCCGCCGCCCGUCAUCAAGAAGGAAGUUAACGGUGUACCACCACCAAACCAAAGUCCGGCGCCCUCUCUUCCACCUAUCAAUGGACCAACAAUCACAACAAUACGUAACACAGCAAGUCCAAUGCCGAAUGGGACUUCUAACCCACUGAAACGGACGCUGAGCCAUGAUAGUCUGAAUGGCGAGUCCGGCUCGGAGGGCGUGGAUGGCGACGCCGAUGGGCCUGACGGCAGGAGAAGCAAGAGACCGAAAAAAGAUGUGAUGCCAACCAUUCCGGGUAACCAUGUUCCUGCAAUGCGUCCAACCACGCCUCAAGUUCGUGCGAAGCCUGUACAGCGGAGGCAUGGGGAAAAGUGCGAGAAGUGCGGCAAAUCAGACAACAAAGAGAACAUCCUGGUGUGCGAUAGCUGCGAGCUGGGCUACCAUAGAACUUGUGUCGACCCGCCCGUGAGUUCACUCCCAGAGUACGACUGGCAUUGCCCCAAGUGUCUGGUCGGCACCAACGACUACGGAUUUGAGGAAGGUAGUAUCUACUCUCUGAAGCAGUUCCAAGAGAAGGCCAACAACUUCAAGGAGCAUUACUUUUCCGCCCGGAUGCAGUUCGACCCUGUCACCAACACCCAACGUAAGCCCACCGAGGACGACAUCGAACGUGAAUUCUGGAGGCUGGUCGAGGACAUCACAGAAUCGGUCGAAGUCGAGUACGGUGCAGAUAUUCACUCGACCACGCACGGUAGUGGCUUCCCGACAGUCGAGAAGAACCCGCUCAACCCUUACUCGAAGGACCUCUGGAAUCUGAAUGUCAUGCCAUUCCUGGAAGAGUCGCUGUUCAGACACAUUAAAGGUGAUAUCUCGGGCAUGACGGUUCCUUGGCUGUAUGUUGGCAUGUGCUUUUCAACCUUUUGUUGGCACAAUGAGGACCAUUAUGCCUACUCGGCCAACUAUCAGCAUUUCGGCGCUACCAAGACCUGGUAUGGCAUUCCUGGCAAGGAUGCUUAUCGCUUUGAGGACGCCAUGCGGAAAGCGGUCCCAGAGUUGUUUGAGACGCAGCCUGACUUGCUGUUUCAGCUGGUUACAAUUCUGCCGCCCAACCAGCUGAGGAAGGCUGGAGUUGAGGUUUACGCGCUUGAUCAGCGCGCGGGUCAAUUCGUUAUCACCUUCCCUCAAGCAUACCAUGCCGGCUUCAAUCAUGGCUUCAACUUCAAUGAAGCCGUCAACUUUGCCCCGGCGGACUGGGAGCCGUUUGGCGAGGCAGGGGUGCAGCGACUACAAGAGUUCCGUCGUCAACCAUGCUUCUCGCACGACGAGUUGCUCUUCACGGCUGCAGGGUCAGAUACCACAAUCAAGACCGCCAAGUGGUUAGGUCCAGCUCUGGAACGAACCCGCAAUCGCGAGUUGGCCGAACGUGAGAACUUCGUGGCGAUGCACAAGCGGCACUUCCCACAUGAUGACUGCACGUUUGACACGCUGGCCGAACAACCUUCUGAGGCUUGCGGCUUGAUCAUCAAGAUCGAGAAUAGCGAGCUGGAGGAGGAGGAGUACCAGUGCUGUUACUGCAAAGCAUUCUCAUACCUCUCGCAGUUCCGGUGUCACCGCAGUGGCAAAGUAACGUGCUUGCUCCAUCCCGAAAUCGCCGAUUGCUGCGCAGACGCCCCAGAGGAGCGUUUCAGAGGGUCAAAUCACAGUCUACUGUUGCGGUUCACCAAUCACGAGCUGAGCAGCAUUGUGCAGAAAGUGGUGGAUAAAGCCAAUGUGCCCCAAGCGUGGGAAACCAAGUUUGAUGCACUCUUAGCCGACGAUGCCCGUCCUGCGCUCAAGGUAAUGCACACCCUUCUAAGUGAAGGCGAGAAAAUACCCUAUCCUCUGAAGGGCCUGGAUGACCUGGCCGACUUCGUCAAGAAGUGCGAUCAGUGGGUUGAUGAAGCGAACCUGUACCUCACGCGAAAGCAGCAGAACCGGCGCAAGAAUGAGAAGGCCUGGCGCCGUUCUUCGCUCCGAACCGGCAAAGCAGAUGAGAAAGAGACCGAGCCACAACUGACUUUGGAACGUAUGAAGGAGCUGAUCGAGGAUGGAGACCAACUCGGCUUUAGUGCGCCGCAGCUUGACAAUCUGAAAGAGAAAGUGACCAUGAUCGACGACUGGCGAGCCAACGUAAAGCGCAUUCUGAGCGGCUUGAAUAACCCCACGGCUGAGGAGUUGGAGACCAUACUCGACGAAGGUCGCGGCUUUAUGGCGGCCAUGCCUGAGCUGACCAGCCUGGAACAAGUCCACGCACGAACGCACUGGCUCGAAGAGGUCCGUCAACUCCAGAAGGAGGUGCAGUCCAAGACUCUCGACGAAUGCAAAGAACUUCUGAAGCGUGCCGGUGAGCUCGAAACGGCGCCACAGAUGCCUGAAGUCCUCUUCCUCACUGAAGUGGUUAGGCAAGGCGAAUUCUGGGAGAUCAAGGCCAGGGAAGUUAUGGGCGCCGAGGACGUUCACUACCCUCAGCUGGAAUCGCUGCAUGCCCAAACGCAGAACCAAGCCUUUCCUGUCAACAAGGAUACACUGGAGCAGAUGGAUGCUAUUCUUGCCAAGAACCGUGAAGCCAAGCGCCAGAUCAUCACCUUGGUUGAACGAAGUCACGAUCCAGAUUUCCGCAAGCGUCCCAUGUACGCUCAUGUUCGAGACGUGGUCAAGAGCUUGGAGGAUCUCAACGGUAAACCUCAUGGUGCGGCCGACCUAGAGAAGGAACUAAGACGCCACGAAGACUGGAUGAGGAAGGGCAAGAAGCUGUUUGGCAAGGCUAACGCACCACUUCACAUUCUCGAACAGCACAUGAAGUUCGUGGAGGAGAAGAACGGCUUCUGCUUCGAUCUCAACGACACGUUCCGGCCCCCGGUCGAGCCUGCAUCGCGAGAGGCUACACCGACUGACGGACAGGAGAAGGGCACUCUGGGGGACGAGGAAAAACCUGUCUUCUGCAUUUGUCGACAGCCAGAGGCCGGACUCAUGAUUGAAUGCGAGAUUUGCCACGACUGGUACCAUGCGAAAUGCUUGAAGCUCGCCCGAGGCAAAGUGAAGGAGUGCGAGAUGUUCACCUGCCCCAUUUGUGACUGGCGGGUCAAGAUACCCCGUGAUGCGGCCCGGCCGAAGCUGGAAGACCUCCAAUCCUGGCAAGAUGAAAUCCAAGAUCUGCCAUUCCAACCCGAGGAAGAAGAGCUGUUGAAACGAAUUAUUGACAAAGCGCAGGCCUUCCGUGAGUUCCUGAUGCAGUACACGAGCGGCAACCAACUGUGCAGGACCAUUGAGGAGAUGCCGGAAAUGCUCUUCUACCUGCGAAAGAUCGAGGGAGCUGAAGUCCUGCUCGCCUAUGAGACCAACGUUUUCCGGCAGGAGCUGCACAAGUGGCAACCCAUCGCUCCCGAUCCACCACCAAUUCUGGAUCAGAGCUUGUCGACAAGAAAGCCGCGCCCCACAAAGCAGCAAAAACUGAUGAAGGAGCUGGGCGUGGAAAAGCCUGAAGACCUGCCUCCUCACCUACGGACCAAAACGUAUGUGCGCAGGAAAACACAAGAAUCGUUUGUCACCGGACCUCUCCUGCCGAAGCCAUCGACACAGUCACCAUCGGCGCCUGGCUCCGCUGCCAGUCCCGUGCAGAAUGGCAACACAGAAGGUCCGUCUGCAAUGCAGAGACAAGAAUCAAACGACAAUGCAGGACCCAGUCGGGCCUAUGAGGCUGGCUUUAUGUCUGAGACACCCUACGCCGACCACCGACCAUCUCCAUUCUCACCCAACUCGCCCUCGUUGUUCAGUCCAACCAGAGACCAACCGCAAGACGGGCUGAGGGAUCCGAUGAUGCCAAGUUUUGGUGGAGAGAGUGCGGGAGGACGAAACCAUGACCCGUCAUUCCCUCAAUUCCGCCCGAAUGCUGGACUAGGUCUUGACGCCGAGGACGAUCUCCGAAACGGACUCGCUAACGCAUCCGAAAGUGGACCUGCCUCUACCAGGGAUGCGUCUCCGCCGGUUUUCGAGUCCGACAACAUGUUCCUCGACAUGACCAAUCCGGACGGGGACACGACCAACGAUGCUGUACCCAGUCUCGAACAGGAAGCCAGUCACGCAAGUGAGGCGUUGGACAUGAUUCGAAGUGCGAGCCAUGAUUCGGCCAACGACAAUGCGGAGCUGGAGGAUGGAGAUAACGUGUCCAAACACUUUGACGACUUUAUCAACGGGGACGAGCAGACUUAG